AACCCUUUGAAAAGCGGACCUUUAUUUUGGCGCAGUCAAGACUACGUACAUUUUGCAACUACCUCAAGAGACACGUGCAGAGAACUUCGUAAGAUCGACCUUGUAUGUGUUACAGACGACAGCUUCAGACAGUCAUGAUGUCUCCACCAGGAAGCUUCCAGCAGCUUGUGAUCUUCAUUCAACUUCUUCAAUUUACGGGAGGACAAUCAAUUGAACACCCCCUCCCUUGUGACUUUGAGGAUGAGAAGCCAUGUUUCUGGGCUCAGAUGCGUGAUGACGACUUUGACUGGACACGUCAGAGCGGACCGUCAGGAUUUCGAACGGGUCCACAGACAGAUCAUACAUAUGGAAAUGAUACCGGACAUUACAUGUUCAUAGAGACAUCAGCACCAAGACAGCUUGAUGAUGUUGCAAGACUGAUAGGACCUGUAAUCACACCUUCCGCAACAGAACAGUGCAAAAUGGUGAUCCAUUAUCACAUGGACGGAUCUACUAUUGGUCUCCUUGCUGUUUACAAACGGCAGUAUUCGGACAAUAGUGAGUCUCUUCUGUGGAGCGACUUUGUGGACUACAAUGAUGUGUGGCAACAACGAGAGACAGUGUUGACAGGACCGCAGCCGUUUCAGGUCAUCAUUGAAGGUCUACGUGGUACCGGAAACUAUGGUGACAUCGCCGUCGAUGACAUAACAUUUUCACCAGGAUGUUUCAAAGAGGAGGAGGGAUCCCUACGAAUGGUUUACGCGUCGAACUCCUUCUAUGAGGGGAGACUGGAAAUCUUCCACAACAGCCGCUGGGGGACUAUCUGCGAGACGGGAUGGACUCAAGCUUCUUCCAGAACGGCGUGCCGUCAGCUUGGCUACAUGGAAGCCAACCCAGCGACAGCUGCUUUACCGGGAACCGGCAGCGCACCCAUCGCCCUGAGCAACGUCGUCUGUACCGGAACAGAAAACUCUCUAACAGACUGUACCAACAACGGAUGGGGAAAUACCGGCAGCUGCACACACGCAGAUGAUGUAGUAGUGAGAUGCAGUGGGUAUCGAAAGGAAUGCCAGUACAACGAGUUUACCUGUGCCAACGAGGACUGCAUUCCGUCUGGCCUUGACUGUGACUUCACAUCGAAUUGUCGAGACAACAGCGACGAAGAUUCUUGUUCUCUGUUUCCCGGGAGAUGUGACUUUCAGUACGGCCUUUGCGACUGGAUCCAGCCCAAAAAUGACGACUUUGAUUGGAACCGUGUGAGAGGGCGUGAAACGGCUAUCAACAUUCAAGAUCACAACGGAGACCAAGAUGGAUUCUUGCUGUAUAUGGAUGCUGCACUUCCCAGGCAACAGGACGACAAAACAAGGCUAAUAUUGCCACAGUCAUUCAAGCCAACAAAUAAUGGAAAUUGCAUCAUUCGAUUCUACCACUACAUGUCUGGAAGAGACGUUGGAAGACUAACACUGUACAUCAGCGACAUAAACGGAAAGACACAGCUUUGGGAGGGAAGUCUGCCGGCAGCGACAUGGGAAAGAGAGGCGGUUGAACUGCAGUCUAACGUGCCAUUCCAGGUACUCUUUGAAGGCACAGUUGGAACAUCGCAUCUAGGCCACAUUGCCCUAGACGACAUAUCACUAACUACUGGCUGUCAGUUUGAAGACAGCGCAUGUAGUCUGACUGGGCCCACAUUUACCUGCACGAGUGGGGAGUGUGUGUCCAAGGAACAUCUGUGUGACUUCAACCACAACUGCGUCGAUGGAUCAGACGAGGAUGAUUGCAACUAUGAUCCUGGCCGCUGUGACUUCGAGACAGACCUCUGCAACUGGAAUCAGAGCGACCAAGACAACUUUGACUUUCAGCGCGGUCAAGGAUCGACAGACACGUCCUACACGGGUCCACAGACGGACCAUACCAAAGGAAAUGCAAGAGGACAUUACGUCUUCAUCGACUCUUCAGGACAUCAAAUUAACCACAAAGCACGGCUUGUCAGCUAUGACUUACCUGCCUCAGACACGUGCAAGUUCCGUCUAUACUACCACAUGUUUGGGAGUGGAGUUGGCAGUCUGAUUGUCUCCAAAAGAGAUCUGGCAUCAGGCAGAGUACAAGAGUUGUGGAGAACAACGGGUGAUCAAGGCUUCCAGUGGCUCUUCGCUUCUGUCGACGUUGGUGGACCCAACAAAUAUCAGGUGCUGAUUGAGGCAACAGUUGUGGGGCAUGAACAAGGGGAUAUUGCAAUCGACGACUUGUCCUUCACAAACGAUUGUUACUCUGAAGAGCAAAGCAGUACAGACUCACUCAAGACAUCCCCCGCGCCGACUGUGACCCUUCAAUGGACAGGGCAGAACAAGCCUUGGCUGGUGCCUGUGAUUGCUGGUGUAGUAUGUGCCAGCGUCGUGGUGCUUAUACUGGUAGGGCUUGGAGUGUACCUAUAUAGAAGGAAGCACAAGCGGCUUAAUGACGCAGAACCCAUCAUCUACCAGAAUCAGUCGAAUCCCAGGACUCAACACAGCGCACAGGAGAGUAUGGAGAUGGAACAGCAGAUGCAUCCCUCAAGCCCACCCCCACCUUACUCUGAAGCACAGACAACCUACUCCGAUAGAUAUCCAACCAAGGGGAUGAUGACAAGUGACCGGGUUUCAACACCAGGUUCCAGACCGGAAACACCAUUGACGAAUGUCCACGUACAUUAAUUUGCAAACAAAUAAAUGAAAUCAAUGUCACGACAAAGGGAUCAUUUGACCAUUUCAAAACAUUUAUUAAAAUACUCUUCAUCCCUGUUCAAACUACCGUAAAUUAGUUGAGGCUAUAGCAAACAUAGCCCUUUUUAAGUAAACCGUAUUCUUAUUAAACAUUCUCUUGUUUCAUAGCAUUUCAAUAGCUUGUAAGAAAGCCUUGCUGUCUUGUGUUUUGUGCUUACUCAAAAGUCCCGUUAUCUGGUUUCAUAAUGUAAUAUAUCAGAGAUCUACAGUAAUUUGAUUAUACAGAUGUCGAUACUUUGUAAAAAUAGUAAUUUUCAAUCGUCAAAUUUAAGCUAAAAACCUUUGUAUUUUCUUUGUUUCGAGAAAUAAACUUUUAUGCUGCAUGUUG